AACAACAAUGGCGCGGGCCGUAUCUGCGAAGAGCGACUGAAAUUACGUCAGGAAUUCGUUUCUCCUCCGCAACGUAACCACAACUGGCCAUGACUAACCUGAACAGGAGCGAUCACGCCUUCCCGACGCGCUUCCAGCUCCAGACCGGCGGCGCCAAUGACGUGUCGAGUCGAAUAAGCUCGGUGUUCGACUCGCUGAACAGUCUCGAAGCCAAGCACCAGGCUUGGGAGCGCUCUCACAAGGAGGACGCUUGUUCGGGGCAGUCGUACCUCAAGGAAGACCCGGAGGAUGACGUCGCAACCAAGCCGUCGUCUACAUCGGACGGCGUCUUCAAGAGACCCUGGUCGUCGGCGCCGUGCGGUCCGCGCAAGCGCCCGCGCGGCGCUUCCGGGUCCGGAGUCGACCGCUUCGGUUAUUCGGCCAGCACCACUCCGGAUUACAAAGUCCACCCCGAGAGAUGGACGUGCUACAGUUUGGACAGCGUGCCCGACGAAGACAUGUCCGAGGCGAGCAACAAGGCUGCCGCCUUGGACUACCUGCGCGAGAGACGACUUCGGAGAGAACAACAGUCGCGGGACGACGCAGCAGGCGGGAUCGAAGUCGAUUCCGGAGGGGACGCGCCCGCAAGGGGUAAGCACACGUUUCAGAAGCGCUCUUCUUCGGACGACGCCGACAUGGAAGACGCGACCGCCGAAACACCGCCGCGCCGAAUCGGAAGCGGCAAGUUGGUGAUGCCGGAAUGCGUCGUUGGGGUGAAGCCCAGUGGCGGCAAGAAGGCCUGUGCUGGCGGGCGCGAGAGGAGCACCUCUUUGCCGGCCGGCUCCUCGAGCUCACUCAUCAGUUUCGACUGCGCGGACUUCGACGACGACCGCGACGAGCUGGACGUUGACGACGAAGUUGUAACGGCCGAAGUUGCUGACAAGCCUGCAGAGCGCGUGGCUUUAACGAAAGGCCGCGUAUUACGCGCCAGGACCGAUGACGAGGAUGAGUGAAAUUAGGGCGUGAAAAGAGCCGCUUUAUAUUCAAAGGCAAGAACGAAUUGGAGAAGACGGCGAUAGAGAGAGAAAAGCAGGCGGCUCGGCUUUUUAAAGAUUUUUUUUUUUUGUCUUGUCACCUCGGUGUUAUUGUGGUUCGGGAGCUGAUCAUUGCAGCAAACCAUUCUUGUCAUUGACCAGACAUCUCGCUCAAAGCUUCAAUGGAGACUGGCUUAGAAAUGGGUACAUUGUAUCAGUUUACUGCACCUGAGUAUCACUUCUCCUGUUCCUUAUGAACACACAUGUAUUUGUGGGGUGGUGGUAGGUGGGUGGACCACCCCUCAAAUCAACGAGCAAAGAUGGAGGAAAUUAGUAUGUUUCAAACGUGGUGCUUCCUACACUGCAGCAUCUCAAGUCUAUGGGACAAAAAUAGUGAAGAAACAGCAGCAAAAAAGCACUGGUACACUGUUUUCCUGUGUGUAUAAAUAUUCGAGUUUUAAUUUAUGGUACAGCGGUUAUAAUCCCCAA